CUAAGCGAUAGUCGUGUACAAAAAUAAACAGAAAAAAAAAUACAAAAGAUUUGUGUUCAUUGAGGUGUUGUCAUUUAUACUUUUGAAAUGAAUGCGCUCACGGAUAAGGUGCUUGUGACUAAGGAGGCACUAGCUAUGUCCCUUGGUGACAACUGGGAGCGCUAUAGGGCAAAUAUGAAGAACUGGUUUCGCAACCGAUGGACCAAAGAAGAAUUUGAUUGCGAGUCCCGCAAAAUCAUGUCGCCAGACAAGUUGCAUUUGCACAAUCAGUUCCUCUUGGCGCUGCUCAAUAAAAUAGAUGCUUUUGCGGCACCAGAAACCAUUGCUACACUACAGCCCACUUGCCCCACCGGAAGCAGGAGCGGCAGCGGCGCCGGAAGUAGCAGCAGCCGAAAACGCAAACGCAGCUCACGCACCUUUGCCGAUCGCAUUAAUUUUGAGCUGUGCGAUGUAUUGGAGUUCGUUAAGGAGGACAACAUGCAGGUGAUACGCCCGCCUACAUUAGGUGGCGAUCAGGGACUGCAACAACAACAGCUUCCCACACAACGCUACUGCGCACAAGAAUUGUUUUUGCCCGACGCUGGCUUCAUUAUGGGCCGCUUCCUGAUCGGCGCCUGGGAAAUCGGCCUAAUCUCCGUGGAAGACAGCGUGGCUGAUUAUGUGGCCAUGGCUGUACAAGUGCUGCUAAAGGACUUACUUGCAGCAAUUAUAAAAAAACGUAAACAUUAUAAAACCAGCGGCGAGGGCAACUUUUUCUAUGACGUCGGCGCCCAACUGCGGGAUCCUUCGCUGCGCAACACUGUGACCCGUCAAAAGGUGGACGAUACUCCUCUGGAACAUGACAAAGAGCUGAACACCGCAAACUUUAUGAGGCGACAAAAUGAUGACAUUGUUUUUCUCUCGGCCUGCGAACAAGUUUUGCCCUGCGAACGUACUGUGAUCACACUUAAGGAUUGCCAACGCGCUUUUCGCGAUCGAAACCUCAUUGGAUCUCAUGCUGUCUACUCUAUAAACAUGGAGCGAUUAAAUAUGAUGAUGCACUAGAAUAUUACAAA